AUGAGUGAGAGUUCAAAAAUGAAUUUCCACGAGUUGAUGUCAUUAUACAAAGGAUACAAUGACACAAUUGAUGCAUUAUAUAGGCUAAGAACCACCAAUGAAGAAAUCUUAGACAAAAUUUGUAAUGAUAUCAAAAAUAAUUUAAUAGACACAAAAUAUUUAUUGCCAUCUUAUAUAUUGGAUACGAUAUCGUUUGCUUCAAGAUGCAAUAAUCGUUAUCUGAAGUCAUAUUGGUACAUAUUCAAAAAGAUUUAUGAAGAAUAUCGUCCUGACCAUAUUAAUGACUUCCUAUACGGAUUUGACUAUUUUGUUUAUAAAGAAUAUGGCAUUUGGUUAAAUGAAGAGAAUAAAAUAUCUCCUGAAAGAAUUGAAUCCGAAAACUUUUCAUUGGAAGUUGUUAAAUCAGACACCAUUUUUGAAUCAAUAAUGAAUGACAACAUCGAGACAUUUACAUCAUUCACAGAAAGAGAAGAAUUUGAUAAAAAUGAGGUUCUUGUUUCUCCUUUCUUUAUAGACACAACCAAGCCCUCAUUACUUGAAGUUUGUUGUUAUUAUGGGGCGACAAAAUGUUUUUCUUUGUUAAGAGAAAAAUUUAAUUCAGAAAUCACAAAAAGAUGCCUCCAAUUUUCAAUUCUUAAUGGAAAUUUUGGACUUGUAAAAGAAUGUUUGAAAGCGAUUGAACCAGACAAAGAAUGCAUGGAGUAUGCAAUAUUAUCACACAAUAUUGCUUUGGUUACAUUUUUUAUGAUAGAAUACAAACUAACCAUUGAAGUAUUUAGGUGUGGUGAAUAUCAUAAUCUUCAGGCAUUCUUUGUUUAUUUGGAUCAAACAAAUGAUAUCAAGAAAUGCUUCAUUUAUUCCCCAGUAUUCAAUAUCCCAUCCCUUUGCAAAUAUUUCCUUUCUCAAGGCGCCAAUAUUUAUGAUAGGUCCCCUACAAAUAAACAAACAGCUCUUCAUAUUGCAGCCUAUCUCAAUGCAGUAGAAUCUGCAAAAUUCCUUAUUACAAAUGAUGCAGCUAUCAAUAAAAAAAUAUUGAUGGAAACACACCUCUACUCAUUGCAGCAGAAUAUAAUUCAAAGGAAAUGA